UCAAUAUUCACGACAGUUCAUUCAAUCUCCGUCCAUACUCCAUUGGCAAGCCAAACGGAAACAGACGCAUUCCUCUUUCAAAAUUAGGAAGGAUGUGACUUCUUAUCAGCAUCCUGUUCUCUAGCGCAUUAUGACAUCUGAUUAGGAAUCAAUUUUAUUCCACGAGAAUUUGUCAUUCCAUAGAUAUUAACAGGUACACUAAUUUACCACAAACCAUGGAGUUACAACUCUUGUUCCUUGUCUUCGUUUUGCUCUUGUCUGACAUACAAGCUUCCAACCCAGACAGUGAAGAAGUACAGAGCAGCGCAGAAGUACGUCCGACACCAGGAGCCUACACCUCUUCCGAUGCAGAACUCGUCGCCGGAAUAAUAAACGAUUUUUCUUUUAAGUUACUGGAAAAAAUGAACUCAAACUUCAACUCAGCCAUCAGUCCGAUCAGCAUAUUCCUUGCCCUGGCGAUGACUUACUUAGGCUCUGGAGGCAGGACAGAACGGCAGCUAGAAAAUGUCCUCGGAUUGGACAGACACGAUCUUCACGGGAUUAGACUACAUGAAGACUUGUCAAAACUCAUGUCCACACUGCCGCCAGAGAGUUCUGAGUUCAAGCUGAAAGCUGCGAAUGCGUUGGUCGUUGACAAGAACUUCAAACCCAAAUCUAAGUUUGUGGAAGAUCUCAGCAAUUUUUACUCAAUAAUGCUAGACGAAAUCGAUUUCAGAAAUGGGAACGUUGUUGUGGAUAGGGUGAACAGAUGGGUUGCUGAGCAAACAGAAAACGCCAUUACAAGGGUUCUAGAGAAACCUCCUGAUCCAGAAUCGGGAAUGAUUCUGUUGAAUGCCAUUUACUUCAGUGGGACUUGGGAGACGCAGUUUCCUCCAAACUCGACAGCCAUCAAGCCGUUUACUCUUUCGGAUGGAACGUUGAUAAAAGUUCCAUUCAUGUCCAUGCCGAAGAUCAGACUGAAAUACUUUCAAGAACUGACCUUCAAGCACUCUUUUGUGAGAUUACCGUACAAAGGAAAUCAUAUAUCGAUGAUAAUUGCUUUGCCAGACGAACUUGGAACGCCUGACUUUGAAAUGAGUCAUGACCGCCUUUGUCGUAUCCGCAGCGCCAUGAAACACUACGAAAUCGAUGUCCUGUCUAUCCCCAAAUUCCGCAUCGAGUUUUCUCGUCAGCUGAACGGUCCAUUGGCGACACUUGGCGCACCCGAUAUGUUCGAUCCCAAUGCCGCCAAUUUCUCCGGAAUGCGGGAAGAGAAAGGCCUCUUCGUUUCGUCGAUCAACCACAAAGUCUUGCUCGAAGUCGACGAAAAAGGCAGCAUUGCUGCUGCUGUAACCACAGUUUCGCUUGUGCGCCUCUCUCUCGCGAGAAAACUGAAAUUCAUUGCUGAUAGACCAUUCAAAUUUUACAUCGUAGAUGAGCGAAACGGAUUGAUUCUCUUCAUGGGAAAAGUUACAAAUCCAUCAGGAGAAAGCACCACCAACACGCCAAAGAAAGAUACUAUCAAACCAUCAACAGAAAGUGCAGUCAGACCUCCAACAAGAAAUACAGCCAAUGAUCUAAGUCCGAGUGAUACUGCGACAACAGUCCAACCUCGAAGAAGACCAGCACGGAUCUCUCAAAUACGACGACCCUAUUGGAUUGAUAUUCCGAACCGUACCAUGAGAAUAUUUCUUCAUUAUACAAGACUAGUUUGAUAACUUUACCGAGGCUCACGAUAGAAUUCAGCAUGGAUUUUAUGAAAAAAUAUUUCCCCACGAUAAUGUAUGAAUAUAGUUUUAGAUGAUUUUUGUGUGAGUUGGUUUUCUUCAGAUUGCAUCAAAAAAGAAACGAAAAGAAAAAAAUGCUUUCUUCCACGGAUCACCAAACGUCAGUUGUCAGUCUUAAACCUUUUGCAGUUCGGACUCAGUUCGACAUUAAAUAUUUCUCGUUGUGAUCCCACGUCGAGCAGUGUUUGGCACGUAUUUAAUCCAUAGACAUAGUAUUACCUAGAUGCUCAACAAGAAACCGACUCCGUGGGCAAACGUCGGGAAAACUUUUAUAAAAAGAAAAUACCGAGUAAAA